AUGGAUGCAAGUUGUGCUAUAUGCGGUUCUGAAAAGAAGAUAUGGACCAUGUUCCAAGAAAAUGCCCAACGGCUGAACAUCAAGGAUUGGAAACACAAAAACCUAACGAGCCCCACGUACUUCGCAAGGAACCCCGAUGCAUGGGACAUGUUAUUUGGAGCUAUUACAUGGAACAUAUGGAAUCGAAGGAAUAAACAAAUUUUUGACCCAGAUAAUAUUGAGAGAGAACCAAUACUAGAUCGAAGCCGGAGACUAGUAGAGGAGAUGAAUAGAGCUGUCAUAGCAGCAAAACAACUCAAUUCCAAUGCAGGACAACAUACGAGGCAAAAAACUAGAUGGACUCCUCCACCACCAGGGUGGGUCAAAAUCAAUUCAGAUGGUGCAAGGGACAGGAACACGAGUAUGGUGACCAGUGAGGGGUAA